GAAGGCAGCGAGAGCUGCUCUCGCAAGUGGCCGCAGAUGUGAGCUGAGUUUUUAGGCGCUAGCUGCUGCUGCUGCUGCUGCUGAACCUCAAGCGGACCAACUUUGCCUCCGUACACUUGCACGGCAAUGUCAUAUUUGCUCCUUAGCUCCUUGUUUUAUAGCGAGCACCGAUUUGCGGUGUAUUUUAUUCUUGUUUGACGCGGUCAGCAAACAGCCACGGAGGGACUGAUUAAUUCCAACUGAAUUUCACGCUUCUUUUUUUGUACGUUUAUUUUAUUGUAUAUCGGUUCGAUUACUCUGACGGUUCACACACUGAAACAAAAGUGGAUUUAACCGUGGCUCCGCCGUGUAGCAGCACUCCAAGAUGCUCCUGGUCUCCCAGCGGCUAGACUCACCUCGCAUGGACCCAUUACCGCCAGGACUGAAGAGGAAGCUGACUGGGGCCGUGGAUGGUUCUCCUUCCCUGAACGGGGUCUCCGAUACCUCCAUGACCCAGGGCAGUGCCAAGCGACUAUGCCUGGAAGAUGUUACCCUGGCCAUGGGCCCAAGCUUUCCCCAACAACCCUUCCCUGCUGGAACUGGGAUGGGUAACCAAGGAAGUGGGCUGGAAGGAAACCGACUGAACAGCAACAACAAUGGCUUGGGCUCCCCGUACUCUAUGCCUCCUAAAGCUAGUCCUGGGUCAACACCUGGUGGUCCUGGAAGCUCAGGAAGUCUGGGAUCUGCCUUUAACCCAAAUGGGAACUCAGCAGCCCCUUCUGUGGAGCAAGAACUUCAGGAGAUUCUGGAUGAGCUAACAAAUAACCCUGACCCUUCUUUACCCGAGUUGGACAUUGAGAAGCUCUUGGGGAACAAAACCGAUGAGCAGACAAGUACUCCUGGAAACUUUGUUCACCCAGAUGGAAGUGGAACCCCGAAACGUUCUCCACAAAGACCUUCUCACCUGGAAGCUCACCUCACCCAAUCCCCUGGCUUCCCCCAGGCAGGUUCACCGCAGAUGGGCACUAGUCCAGCCGGUGCUCCUUACAGCCUUCCCCAUUCUUCCAAACCAGUACCUUCCCCACUUUCGGCAUCCCCACUUUCUUCUUCUUCUUCCUCCCAGGGCCAGAAUCAGGCUCGGUCACCAAUGCUUUCAGCUGCACUUUCCAGUAGACCUAAUAAUAAUUGGCGUGAAGUGUCUCGGGCGAAGCAGCUUCAACAGUUGGCAUCCAACAGUAAGCACCACUCCACCAGCAGUGGAGGGCCAUCACCAUCCCAGUCAGGCUUGUCCUCACUCAACCAGCAGGGAUCCUCCUGGGCUGGCCCCUCUCCACCUUACCGACCUGGAGACAAGCUUCCCAACUCCUCCCCCCACCAGCAACCCUUCAGCCCAGCCAGCAGCAUUCAGAGUCCUCAGAACUCCCUCAUCUCCAGCAUAACUCCAGCCCCAUCUGCUGGACCUUCUCCUCCAUAUGGUCCAGAGAAACUAGCCAGUCCUGCUCUCGCUCAGCCACCUUUCAGCCCACAGAGCACCCUACUUCCAGGCAGCACUCCAUCUGGUGGGUCCAGCUCUACUGUUCAGGGUUCCCAGGCUAAUUAUCUAAGUGGUUUACCCCCAGCAUCAGGCGCAACAAGGCCAUCACCCCCCUAUCGAUCAGACAAGCAACAUCCCAGCCCUUCAGGACCAACCCAGCCUGGAGCCCAGCCUCCAACACAGGGACGGCCCUUCAACUCGCAGAACGGUCAAGCUCCAAACAUGUCCAGCCAGCUCUAUAAGGCCAUCACGUCCAGCCAGCCCUCCAGCAACAGUCUCAAACUGCUCAUGCAGUCGUCUCAGACUAAAUCUGCUCAGCUGCAGCUAAGCAAAACCACUCCCGGCAGCAUGGGCCCAGAAACCUUCUCCUUCGACAACACCAAGCCCCUGCGGCACUACGAUCCCGAACCUCACGCUUCCAAAAUGGGGACCCUUUCUUUGGGGGGGUUCCGCAACGGCAGCAUGCAGCCCACGCCUCCCACUUCAGCUGCAGGGCAUGCACAUCUGCUUCAGCAGCGCAUGCAGAGAGGGAUGCAGGCAGAUGGCAUGGUGCCCCACUGCGGAGAGGACCAGAAUGUAGUGAUGGUGCCACAUAUUCCAGACCCUUCUGCAGGGCCUCGUCCCGGUCAAGCUAGCAACUAUAACAUGCUGCUGAAGACUCAGCUAAUGAGGAAACAGCUCCAGCAGCAGCAGGAAAAGCAGAGGCAGAUGGAGCAGAUGAAUGGAGCACAGAUGUCAGAUUGCCAGCAGGUGGUGCCAUUUCAAGGCCCAGGUCGGACAAUACCUGCCGAGUGUAGCUCAUAUCCCAUGGGCACCCCCCAGCAGACCAACCCUUCCAUGGUGACCCACAGUGGCCCUUUACCAUCCAACCGCAUGGGUCUUCCUCCUGGUUCUCUCCCCCAGGUGGGCCACGCUGGACCCUAUAUGGGUGGAACUGGCUCCAAGCAACCAUUCUACCAUCCUUCACAGGAAAUAGGGAUGCCAAUGCGCCCAAGUCAGAGCAUGAUGGGCGUGGGAUGUCCUCCAAGGCAGUCUACCCACCCUGGACAUAUUGUAGCACGUCCAGGGAUGGCUGGGCCAGGCUUGGCGGGGGGUCCAGUGCCAACCAACCACCUUCGGCAGGCGUUGCAUCAGGGUAACGCUCUACCUCCUCGUCUGAUGUUUGCUUCUCAACAGCAACAACAACAGCAGCAGCAACAGCAGUCGCAGUCUGCAUUGUGGCAGAGCCAGCAGGGAGCGCAUCCACAUCCACACAUGGAGCCCCUGAACCACCAGCACUCAUUCCCCGGUGGAGCAGCUCCCUCAGGGUGUGGGGCUCCCCAGUUCCCUCAGCGUCCAGGCAUGGCAGGGAUUCCAGCCGGUUUUCCUGGUGCUCGGCCUCCACCGAACCAGAUCGCUCCGGGCUUGGUAAGCAGACAGAUCCAGAAGUUGCCUUCUGGGCAACCUCUACCUUCCAUGGUCCAGCAGAACCUUCGAAUGCGUGGUGCCCUGACCUCCAUGGGGGUCAUGAAGGGUCCCGGAGCUCCAGCCAUGAUGCACCCGUCUCAUGGCAUGGCUCCCCCGAGUUACCCUGUUGCGUCAGUGGGCAAAGUGGGUCCAACCCAGGGCUACAACCCUGGACACAAUCCAGGUCAUAAACUGCCCUCCUAUGACUAUCCUCCCCAGCAUCAAAGCAAUGGAACUAUGGUUGUAGGACCUCAAGGACCUGUUGGAGUAGGAGUAGGAGGAGGUGGAGGAAGAGGCGAGGUUGACUUCAUUGACACUUUAGUGGGUUCAAAUGAUGACUGGCUCAGCAAUCUCAACAUGAUUGAUGAAUACCUUGAACAGAACUCAUAGGGAUGCCCAGGAAACCAUUACAUACAUGUAAGACAUGGUGGCAGCCUCCAGAGCCUGUGGUUCCAGAAGGUUCCAAACUCAGCCAGUCCUGGCUGUACUGUAGUAAUGAGAUGGGACGGGUCUGAUUCAUACACUGCCACACGCCACAAGGCUCCUGAUCCUUCCAGCCCAGUCUGUGCUGGCCCUUUAAAAUCUCGCGGAAGUGUGUAGGGUCGCCACCAAACAGCGCAUUCGAAAUGCAAAUGAUGUUUUAUAUAAACAUCAGAAACUACUACUAAGCUGUCCGAGAGGUCCAAAGACUGCACUCAAUGCUCUCCAAGUGUGGUUGUUUUUGAGGGCUGUCUUAGUGAUGUGGUUCCAGUAGGCUUCAACACUGUGUACUGAGCUGAGAUCAGUGUUUUCACAGCAAAACAAAUGAGGGCAUUCAUUCAUGAAAUGUAAUAACCUGAUGCAUUUCACUUGGUAGCAUCACAUGAAAUAAAAGAAAACACAGCAAAGAUAUUAUGGUCUGGUGGCCCGAUUGUCACUGUGGAAAUACACGCUACAUAGUAAUUUCGUCCUGGAGCUGUUUGGCGGUAUUACAAAUGGGGCUUAAUAAUGUACAUGGUAAAGUAUUUUGUAUGAUAUGUUUUAAUAAAUAAACUGUAACAAAUAUAAAAGAGAAGUACUCAUAUUUAUACUUCUUUUGUGAAAAUACAUUCUUUAGAUCUUCUUUGUAAAUAACUAUCAAAAGGACUAGUAUAUCAAAGAAGAAGAAAAAAUAAUGCUGUAAAAUCAAAAAAACUAAAUUGAAUUCAAUUGAACUCGGAAGCUCUAUUGUAAUUUGUAAUAUGCAAGACAAUACGGUUAGUUUUUGCAGUAAUACUAUGUAUUACAAGUUGAGAUAUUUGUUAUGUUUUUGACAUAACUGUGGACUCCUGGUACUCCAAUCCGGCUCAAUUUUUUUUUUUUUUUGUAUUUU